AUGCCCCUCCUCGCCCUCAUGCUCAAAGUCAUGCCCCACAUCUUGUCCAGCACGCAGGUUACUCAACAUCUGCUGAACAGUAAUCAAAUGAUCACUUGCCCGCGUUGCAACCGUAAAGACUGCAUCCCGCAGCCCAGGCGCCUCAGCCCCAAGCCUAAACACCUCUUCCUCCUUCACCCCCGCUUGCGCCAUAACAUCCAGCGGAAGCAUUACAGCCCCCUGCCUCGCCGCGCCGCCAGCUUGCUGACCACCCUGCUGACCCACCGCACGCGCCGCAGGAAACGCAACCAACGGCAACCCCCGCAGAACAGCCACAAUGCCCGCCGCCUUCCCCACAUGCGAUGCGACAUGAUCCGCCGUAACAGAGGCCAUGGGCAACGCCGAGAGCGUCAGAUACAUGAGCGUGGAAUACGUACUCUCGGCGUAGGACUCCAGGGCCGCGAUAUCGGGGUACGGGUCAUUCCCUUUGCUGAUGCGGGCGUGGCCGUUGGUUCGCUCGUGGAGGUCUGCGAUGGCGGAGGAGAGGAGGAUGGCGAUGGGUUCUUUGGGCGGAGUGCCGGCGAGGAUCUUUGCGAUCGAUUCGCGCCAGAACUGGAGGCGCAUGAGGCCGAUUGUGGCGCGGAGGGCGAGGUAGAAUUGUUGGGCGUGCCGCGGGAUGAAGGUGUGGAGUGUAGCGGCGGCCGCUACAUGAUGGAUUUCGGGGAUAUUGAUGGCCGUCCUUUGAAAAAGAGACGAUUUUUUGUCGACGAAGAGGCGGACACCAGACCUCCCAUUGACUCUACAGCUGUAUCCCCCGACGCGUCUACACCUCGUUCCACUUACGAUGAUCAGCCGCCGGUCGUUCAGUCCCAUGGUGUACAGCUUGGCGAUACAAUAGUUCCUGUAGACGGAGAGGGAAAUGAAUAUGUACGAGACGAUGAUCAGCAGACCGCGAGCUAUACUUCGCCACGAGAGCGAGAAGCAGAAAGUGCCGGAGAUACUAUAGGGGGUGGAUUAGCUUUUACGACGCAAAAUGCUACAGUACCAGAAAAGCAGGAGGAGAUAGUGACAGCAGGAAACACAUCGGCACAAGAGGGUACAGACGGAUUUGACACGGAGGCCUUCGUUAGUAUUAUCGGGGAGCGACUCUCGCCAGACACGAUACGCAAGAUUCGGAGUGUAGCUGGCGAUAACCUAGAGAGAGCGAUCAAUGUUUAUUUCGAUGGGUCAUGGAAGUUACCCCCUGGUAGUGCAAGGAACCAAACCAUGCUGACAUCCCAACAAACGCUGUCCACGCGGCCAGGAAGGAAGGGGAGGAGUGCUCCGGCUGAAAUUGCGCCCCAAAAUACCUCCCAGCCCUCGGUGAGAUACGUUGGUGCUUUCGGCGUGGGAGCGUGGGCGACUCGGAGUGGAGUGGGGUUUAUUAAACAUGGAGAUCGUGUUAACAUUGAGCGUGCCAGGUCUCAGCCGGUCUCGAAGCGUGGUCGUGGUGGGAGGGUUUUCACUAAUAACAGGGGUGACGUUUUAACUCGCUUCACCAAUCAGUCCGGCCAGGAAAUUGGGAGACUUCCUCAGGAGACAGCGGCAUGGGUAUCGACUUUACUUGACCAAAAAGUCUGUAAGCUCGAGGGAGUGUGUGUAUUCGCACCGGAUAGAAUCCGCGUCAAUGACACAAUAUACCUGCAACUAUGGUGUUACUUACGUAUAGAGGCGUUUCAAUCUGGCAUUCUGGAUAGCUCAAUCGAUGAUAAUCGAUCGACAACCAUUUUCGAAGAGAAGGAAAGCACUGAAGAGAAGCGGCUACGACUUCGCCAGGUCGCUCUGGUAAAGCUCUUCGAUGAGAUCGGUCUGCAACCGACCUCAGCCAACGACAUGACCCUGAAACAUAAGAAGGAGGGCUUGCUGCGUGCAGUGGAAAUAGCAGAACAGUACGAUAAAAACAAAAGAGAAAACAAAUCGAAUAACGACUCAUCUGAAGACGAAGAGUCCCCGGAACUAGAGGAAGACCAACUUGAUACUUUAUACAAGAAGGCCCAGACAUUCGAUUUCAGUAUGCCAGAGGCCGAGCCUCCACCGACGUUCUCGUUGAACCUCCGGAAGUAUCAAAAGCAAGCCCUCCACUGGAUGUUAGCCAAGGAGAAAGAUAAUAAGUCCGCCAGAGGUCCAUCAAUGAACCCGCUGUGGGAAGAAUAUGCGUGGCCAACCAAAGAUGUUGAGGAUCACAACCUUCCGACCAUUGAGGGCCUUGAUCACUUCUACGUCAAUCCGUAUUCCGGAGAGCUUAGUCUCGACUUCCCAGCACAAGAACAGCAUUGUCUUGGAGGAAUCUUAGCUGAUGAAAUGGGCUUGGGUAAAACCAUUGAGAUGCUUAGUCUUGUUCAUUCUCAUAGAAACGUGCCUCUCGGCCAAGCAGCAGAUGGCCCAAGCUCCGUCUCCGGCCUAGCAAGGUUACCCUCCUCGACUUCUGGCGUGGUAACCGCUCCUUACACUACUCUUGUUAUCGCUCCCACCUCUCUUCUUUCGCAGUGGGAGAGUGAAGCCCUGAAGGCCUCUGAACCAGGUUCAAUGAAGGUCCUGAUGUACUAUGGUAAUGAGAAGUAUGUCAACCUCAGAGAGCUGUGCGCAGCAAGUAACCCUACUGCUCCUAAUGUAAUCGUCACGAGCUACGGAGUUGUCCUGUCGGAAUAUCGACAGAUGUUGUCAUCUGCGACAUUUUCGACUGCUACGCCAGGUGGCUUGUUUUCGGUAGAAUUCUUCCGUGUCAUUCUUGAUGAAGCACACCUUAUCAAGAAUAGACUGUCGAAGACUGCGAGAGCUUGUUACGAGCUUAAAGCGACUCACCGAUGGGUCCUCACUGGGACACCUAUCGUUAACCGCUUGGAAGACUUAUUCAGCUUAGUGCGAUUUCUCAAGGUCGAACCGUGGAAUAACUUCUCCUUUUGGAAAACCUUCAUCACCGUGCCUUUCGAGUCUAAAGACUACGUACGGGCCCUCAAUGUGGUACAGACCGUGCUUGAACCUCUAGUCCUCCGACGCACCAAGACGAUGAAAACCCCAGAAGGGGAGCCUCUAGUACCACUGCCACGUCGGACCAUUACAAUUGAAGAGGUCGAACUCCCGGAGCAAGAAAGAGAGAUUUAUGAUUAUAUCUAUACCCGAGCAAAACGCACAUUCAACGACAACAUCGAGGCAGGUACCUUACUAAAAUCGUUCACAACGAUCUUCGCCCAGAUUCUCCGCUUACGCCAAACAUGCUGCCAUCCAAUUCUAACCCGCAACAAAGCCAUUGUCGCAGACGAAGAAGAUGCAGCGGCGGCAGCCAACGAUGGCAACGGGCUCAAGGACGACAUGGACCUACAGGAGCUAAUAGACCGAUUCACAACAGCAACCGAACCAACAGACUCCAAACAAGGCCAGGAAACCUCCAACAAAUUCACCACCUACGCUCUGAAACAGAUUCAAAACGAAUCCAGCGGCGAAUGUCCCAUCUGCUCGGAGGAACCCAUGAUCGACCCAGCAGUAACCACCUGCUGGCACAGCGCAUGCAAAAAAUGCCUAGAGGAUUAUAUACGCCACCAAACAGACAAGGGCGACUCGCCGCGAUGUUUCUCAUGCCGCGCACCAGUCAGCAGCAGAGAUAUCUUCGAAGUCAUCCGUCAUCAAUCACCAACCACCACAACCCCGGAAAACGACAUAUACAGUAGCACUCCUCCGACCAGCACCCAACCCGCACCCCGUAUCUCUCUCCGCCGCAUAAACCCCCUCUCCCCUUCCGCCCACACUUCCGCCAAGAUCCACUCCCUCAUCAACCACCUCCACCGCGUCCCAUCAAACACCAAAUCAGUCGUCUUCUCCCAAUUCACCAGCUUCCUCGACCUCAUCGCCCCGCAACUGGACAAAGCCGGAAUCCCCUAUGUCCGUCUCGACGGCACAAUGGCCCAAAAAUCCCGAGCCGAAGUGCUCGCCCAGUUCAACAAGACCGAAACCUUCGACCAAGAAGAAAUCGAAGACGCAGAGCGAGAAGAUGACGUUAAUAGCCCCUUCCCCAGAAAAUUACCACACCCUAGAAACGGCCACGCAUCGGCGAGCCCCAGUCCCAGGGUUCUUCUCAUCAGUCUCCGUGCUGGUGGCGUGGGUCUCAAUCUCACGGCCGCUAGUAAUGUGUUCAUGAUGGAUCCGUGGUGGAGCUUUGCCAUCGAGGCCCAGGCUAUUGAUCGCGUUCAUCGCAUGGGUCAGUUGAGGGAUGUAGCUGUUACCCGGUUUGUUGUUAAGGAUUCGAUCGAGGCGAGGAUGUUGCGGGUCCAGGAGCGGAAGAUGAAUAUUGCUGGGUCGCUGGGGUUGAGAGUUGGGGGAGAUGGGAACGAGGAUAAGAAGGAGAGGAUUGAGGACAUUAAGAUGCUGUUUGAAUAG